AUGAACGAACGUGGUCAAUACAGGCGAUCCCCCGACCAAACCGAGGCUUGGAUUCUGGGUAGCGGAACUGCAUCUUUAGCGUCCGCGCUGUACUUGGUGCAGUUUGCCAAUGUUCCUGCGUCCAAGGUACAUAUCUUGGAUUCCCAUCUUUCAAUGGGCCAAGUUCUGCACAACAACGGCGAUCCCAUUCAUGGCUAUGAUCAGUUUGCAGGAUGCUUGCCUGUUCCGGCUGGAAACCCCUUGAAAGAGCUCCUGGGCCUGGUGCCUUCGGUGAAUCGCCUAGGGCACAGUGUUUUGGAUGAUAUCCAAUCAGCGCAGACGGGUCGUGCUAAUCAGCACAAAGGUCGCACUCGCUUCUUAGUUCAAAAGAAUCAUGUUCUGAAUGAUAUUCAUACGAAUUCGUUGAAUUUGAACACCAAGCAUCGUCUGGAGUUGAUCUUGUUCAUGCUGAAGAGCGAGAAACGCCUUGGAAGGAAUCAGAUCCGAGACUUUUUGCCGAACUCGUUCUUCCAAAGUACCUUCUGGACCAUCUGGUCCGCUCAGUUCGGAUUUCAACCAUGGCACAGCGCAAUUGAAUUCAAACGUGCCCUUCGUCAGCAUCUUAGUGGCUUCCAUAGUCUGAGCAUCUUAAGCUGUCUAGACAUCACCGGAUAUUACCAACAAGACUCAAUAUUCCUACCUUUAUUUCUACACCUCCAAAGCCUGGGCGUGGAUUUCCACUUCGAUACAACGAUAACAGACAUCGUUUCAACAAUCCGAGACGGUCAGGAAACCAUCUCCCAACUUCGCAUGAUCCAGAACGGAUUCCAAAUGCAGCAAAAAAUCUGUCCGGACGAUGUUGUCAUCAUAGCCCCCGGUUCUACCGCCUCAGGCAUGACAAGAGGAACCAACGACCAUCCCCCAGGUCGCCAUUCACUUGAGCCCUACGACGAGCUGGAUGAGAACUGGGCAAUUUGGCUGGAAAUCGGAACCCGAAAUGAAAUGCUGGGCAACCCCUACAACUUCUGUACCCGUGAGUCGGAAUCCAUAUUGGAGUCUUUCACAAUCACCACAUCAGACCCCGGUCUGAUAGAAUAUGUCGAUUUGCACACCCACAAUGACACCGAUGGCGGGUCCAUUGUUUUGCUCAAAGAAAGCCCGUGGAAAUUGAGUUGUUGUAUACCCACACAACCGGUCUUUAUUCACCAGCCAUCGAAUGUUCGCAUUUUCUGGGGCUUUGCUCUAUUUCCCAGGCGUCUGGGGGAGUAUGUCCAGAAGCCGAUGCAUAAUUGUUCCGGGGCAGAGAUCACCAAAGAACUGUUGGGACAUCUACGUUUUGUUUCUCAGCCUUCGAGAACCACAACUAUUCCACGAGUCAUGCCGCGGAUGACAGCCAUGUUGCUUAUUCGGUCACAGAAUGACCGCCCGCAAGUUAUACCGCCAAACACCUCCAAUCUUGCUUUGGUCGGGGACUUCGUGGAGAUUCCACAUUAUAGCUGCGUUGAUACUAGUUACGCUGUUCGUACUGCACAGGUGGCUGUAUCGCGGCUGAUGGGGCUUGAUCUUCUUUCGGAACAGAGGGAAUCAUCAAUCUUCGACCUUUUUAGGAUUUUGUUGUGGAAGUGA